AUGGCGUCAUCGACAACAACAAGCUCCGUUUACAUCAACGUCAUCGAAGACGUCAUCAACAAGGUCCGCGAUGAGUUCAUCAAUAACGGUGGCCCCGGCGAGACUGUCCUUAAUGAGCUUCAAGGACUUUGGGAGAUGAAAAUGAUGCAAGCAGGUGUUAUAUGUGGUCCAAUAGAUAGGUCAUCAGCUAAUAAGCAGCCGGUACCUGGUGGUCCAAUUACUCCAGUUCACGACCUUAAUGUACCGUAUGAAGGAACAGAGGAAUAUGAGACUCCCACAGCUGAGAUACUCUUCCCCCUUGCGCAAACACCUUUACCUGGAAACGCGCAAACCCCUUUACCCGGAAAUGUGCAGACACCUUUAUCCGGAAGUGUGGACAAUUCAUCCAUGUAUAACAUUCCUACCGGAUCUAGUGAUUAUCCCACCCCUGUUAGUGAUGCUGGGGGCAGUACUGAUGGAAAAGCUGGGAGACCUAGCCCUUUCAUGCAACCUCCUUCCACUUGGAUGCAUCAAAGGCCGCCUCUUAGUGUUGAUGUCAACGUUGCUUAUGUGGAAGGGCGGGAGGAGGUGGACAGAGGAACCUCUCAUCAACCCUUGACACAGGACUUCUUCAUGCCUUCUGGAAAACGGAAGCGCGAGGAUUUUGCUUCGAAAUUUAACAAUGGUGGAUUCAUACCCCAGCAAGACGGAGCUGGGGAUUCUGCAUCUGAGGUUUCACAGGCAAUUGGAUUUUAUGCAACCAACUUGAUUGUAAGCAAAGGGAAUGAUCCCCUUCGCAGUUGUGAUACUAUCACCACUAAAAAUAGAGAGAUCUUAGCACGUGUGUCGAGGUCAUAUUCGAAGAUCCCUCAAGUGGAUGGGCCAAUUCCUGAUCCUUAUGAUGACGUGCUUUCAACUCCCAAUAUAUACAAUUAUCAAGGAGUUGCUAAUGAAGAUUACAACAUCGCAAACACACCAGCUCCCAAUGAUCUACAGGCAAGUACCCCAGCUGUUGCCAGUCAAAAUAAUGAUGUGGACGAUGAUGAUGAUGAGCCACUGAAUGAAGAUGAUGAUGAUGAAGAGGAUCUGGAUGAUGUGGACCAAGGAGAGGAGCUGAACACACAACAUUUGGUUUUAGCUCAAUUUGACAAGGUGACUCGCACCAAGAGCAGGUGGAAAUGCACACUCAAGGAUGGUAUUAUGCAUAUAAACAACAAGGACAUUCUCUUCAAUAAGGUAGUUCAGUCAUUCAGACCUGACCUUGGCCGUACAUGUGCCGUGCAAAUUGAAUUCUGGUGUCAAGAUUAUGCCUAUGGUGGCUGUUGUCUUCCAUUCUUUCUCUUGGGAUUUAGUGGUUGGUGUGGGUUCGUCAAUUCUAAGCGAACUUUGUUUUUCAUGGAGCUGAUUAGUCGUCACAAGGUUUCUUGGCAGGCGGCCAAUCCUGUUGUGUAUUUGGUGUUGGUUUGGCCAAGCGUUUAA